AUCAAUAUUGCCGCCGCGACUCCAGGUUCAGAAGAACGCAGAUCCGAUCUCGCGUAUCGGUCAAAUUUCCGCGCCAUCGGUUCACUGCGUCAUCGACUCUUGUUCAAUUCAGAUCAAAGUUGCCUGCCCAACAGCGCCUUUCCUUACCCACCAUACAGCUACAACAUUCAAUUUUGCCUUGUUACGAUGCCGCCUAUUCUCCCGCGAAAGCGACUCCGGUCAGAAUCCCCCAAAACUCAAUCGCCGCCACCAAAGAAACGAGCGCGCAAUCCGCACCCUCAUCCUCGUCGCGGUAAAGAUUCAGUGUUCAACGCUCUUGACACGCCACCUACAGUGUCGCGAACGCUAUCGCAAACCAAGAAAUUCUUAGAGGGCGACGAUGAUGAUAGUAGCGAGAUUUCAGAGUCUGGCAGUAGCGAGGACGAGUUCGAGGAUGUGCCGCUUGCGGGCAACAAUGCGGUAGCGGAUAAGGAUGCGCAAAACGGGGAAAGUGAAGAGAGCGAGGACGAGGCAUGGGAAGAUGCUCUGGGGUCGAAACAUCACACAAAGAAGAUUGACGAGCCUGAACCGGUCGUGUCUGGCGAUCUCGAAUUCACCCUCCCCGACCCUACGCAACAGGCAGAUUACUCGCUGAAACCGGACGGUAAAAAAGGACCCUCGAAAAUACAGCGACAGAUAAGAAAUGUCACACAUUGCAUGCACGUGCAGUUUCUCAUGUGGCAUAAUACUAUACGCAAUACUUGGAUACAAGAUCCGGAGGUACAGAAAGAUAUGGUCGAUCACCUGAACAUAGGUUGCUGGAAGGAAGUGGAUCGAUAUUGGCGGGAUGCGGGAAUUGCUCAAGGACACAAGCGCGUUGUGAAGGGUGGCUGGACUAAGAAAAUUGAAUCCGACAUCCAAGGCCCAGGGAUGUGGAAGAGUAGCGGCAAAGCAGGUGUGCAAGUCUUCGAACCAAAAGGGAAAAGUGGAGGCUCUGCUGGAAAGCCUGGGAGCAAAUCCAACUCAUUGAAAGCCAAAGCCAAGGAUAAACGAAACAGCGACAGGAACCAGCGUGACUGGGGCGCAAAAUCCGACCGUGUAGAACCACAUACCCCAAAUCUAUCUGCUGGUGAUCCGUUGUUGCGUCUGCUGAGGUACCUUUCCGCGUUCUGGAAGGCAAAGUUCAAGGUUGUAGCGCCAUGCCUACGAAAGCGUGGCUAUCUGUCACCAGCAACGCUUCAAGCCGAGAUCCAGGCGUGGAAAGACAGUGGUUCAGAUCCAGAUGCUUUCGGCGAGAAAGUGGAGAACAUAGAAGCCUUUCGCACCAUGGCUCGUAAGUGUCAUGGUAGUAGGGAUGUUGGCCAGCAACUUUUUACAGCUUUAAUCCGAGGUCUGGGUAUCGAAGCUCGUAUGGUUGCGAGUUUGCAACCUCUGGGCUUUGGAUGGAGCCAGACGGAGGAAGGCAAAGCCAAAGAUUUGAGUAAACUGAAGGACGCAAAAAGGCCUGAAACUGUCACACCUGCUACAAACAGAGGCAUAUCCGGGGUAUCCAGUAAUGGCACUCAAGCUUUGCCAAUAGAUCUUUCAGACUCUGAUGUCAGUGAUCUUAGUAGUGCGAUAUCAAUUUCAUCCGAUUCGGAUGCCCCCAACAAGACAACGAAAAGGUCGCCCAAGAUACGCAGAUAUGGUGAAGAGCUUCCCCAUCCCACAUACUGGACAGAAGUUAUCUCAAACUUGACCCACACGCCCGUUGCCGUGUCUUGUUUGCCACGCAUAGUAAUUGCCACGUCGUCGAUGCCAGAGCCACUUGCUAUGUUUUACUGCCGGGGAGCUUCAGCAGAGAAAGCCAAACAAGUCUUUGCCUACUUGAUCGCGUAUUCAUCAGAUGGCUCUGCCAAAGAUGUUACCACACGGUAUUUGCCGCGUCACCAAUGGCCUGGCAAGACGAAAGGGUUUCGAAUGCCAGCGGAAAAAAUCCCGAUACAUAACAAGCGAGGAAAGGUGAAGAGAUGGGAGGAAUGGGAUUGGUUCAAAUCAGUAUUGCGACCAUAUGCGCGGCCUUAUAACAAGCGCCAACCUUGGGAUGAAGUGGAGGAUGAAGGUGAUCUAGUGCCAGCAAAACCCGCCAAACCAAAGGACAUGGAUGAGGAAGGCGGCAAAGAGACACUUCAAGGCUACAAAAACUCUACCGAAUAUGCCCUGGAGAGACACCUGCGGCGAGAGGAAGCGAUUAAACCCGGCGCGAAGAUCGUCCGCCACUUUGUAACUGGAAAAGGCGACAAAGAGAAGCAAGAACCAGUGUAUUUCCGCAAAGAUGUUGUGGUUUGCAGAUCCAUGGAAUCAUGGCAUAAGGAAGGGCGCGUAGUGAGAGAGGGUGAGCACCCACUCAAAUACGUCCCGAUGCGCGCAGUCACCGUCACCCGUAAGCGCGAGAUUGAAGAGCGGCAACGGGAGGAGGGCGGGAAAGUUCAGCAGGGGUUAUACUCCAAAGCUCAAACUGAAUGGAUCAUCCCUGAUCCGAUUGUCGAUGGGAAAAUUCCCCGGAACGCAUUUGGGAACAUCGAUGUUUACGUCCCGACUAUGGUUCCGGCAGGUGCAAUUCACAUUCCUCUCAAAGGUACCGGAAGGAUCUGUAAGAAGCUAAACAUUGACUACGCAGAAGCAUGCACCGGCUUCGAAUUCGGCAAACAACGCGCUGUUCCGGUGAUUACUGGUGUCGUUGUGGCUGCCGAAAAUGAGGAUUUUGUCAUAGAUGCAUGGGAGGCUGAUCAAGAGCAAAAGGCAGCCAAAGAGGCAGACAAGAAGGAGAAGUUUCUCCUGGGACUGUGGAAGAGAUUCUUCGUAGGCUUACGGACAGUUCGUCGGCUGCAAAGAGAGUACGGAGAAGACGUAGAGUUGCCUACGCCUGUCACAGAUACGCCCAAAGAAGCGGAAGUUAAGGGAAGUGAGUGGGAUAUGUUUAAGAACCACGAAGACUUCGAAGGUGGGUUUCUACGUGAUGACCAGGGAACUUCAGGUGGUGGAUUCGUACCAGAGGAUGAACCUAUGGCUGGAGGUUUCCUUGCGCCAAGUCAAGAGGAGGAGCAUUCUCAUAUCGGAGAGAUCGUCAUCGAUCAUGGCGACGCAGAGCAUACCAAACCACAUAAGUCUACAACGAAAAUACAGUACCAGACUCCCAUGUCGCUGCAUUCGAUGCACCAGAACUCCGCUUCUGAAGAUCGAACACAGGCAGCCGGAGAAGAUACCCAGACCAACGGCCUAGACAGUGAAGAAGGUCUAGACGAAGAUGAAAUAGCAGAAGAAGAAGACCAAGAUACAAUGGACGAAACACCUCCACCUUCCCGCCGCGGACGUCCCACAAAGCAAACCUACGCUCGUGGACGCGGCAAUAAACGCACCUCAACAACUAAGACCCGCAAAUCUAUCCUCGACUCAGACGAUGACUCAAUGCUAUCACCCCCAUCUCCCGCAUCUCGAGAAGAUUCCGAGUCUGAAGACGAGCCGGUAGCUGCUCGCGGGAAGCGGAAGGUUGUGUCCCCCCUCGCCCCUGAAGUUCCAGAGAGAGUUGUACCCAAGAGGAGAGCGGCUAGGAAGAGCGAUGUGAAGGUUAAGAGCCAUUACUUUGCUCAUGACAGUGAUGAGGAGACGGAUCUGACGGAUCGGAGCCCUAAGAAGAAAGCGGCCGGCAGGGGUGGAGCGGCGGGACGGGGGAGAGGACGUGGAAGGGGGAGAGGGAAGAAAGGUGUGUAG